CUUUAAAAACCUCAUCCCCUUUCUCCAUCCCAACAAGACCAUAUAUCCGGCCUAUCGUCAAUUAGCCAAAGAUCACUCUAACUAACAUGGCGCUAGACGCCGUCGUUUUCCCUCAAGAUCCUUUUACUUACACUACUAACAAAGACCUCUACAACUUGUUAGCAGGGAAUUGGAGCUGUGAUGAUCAUGAUGAUCAUCAGCAGCAGCAUCUGCUGCAAGAAGCCUCUUUUGAUUUUCUCGGCAACCAAACAGAUCACCAUUUCACGACUUACUGCUCACCUCCUUCAAUCGUUCCGCAUUUCGACGAUUUGCAGCUCUCCAAUCCAAACCCAGAUGGUUCAACCGACUUUGAUCAAGCUCAGUUACAACUUCCAUUAGUGGAGGAUACUGGUCCGACGACCACCAUUCGUCCGAAACGGCGGCGUGCCAAGAGCAAAAAGAACAAGGAGGAGAUUGAGAACCAGAGAAUGACGCACAUUGCUGUUGAGCGCAACAGAAGAAAACAAAUGAAUGAGUAUCUCUCUGCCCUUCGAUCUAUAAUGCCCGAUUCAUAUGUCCAGAGGGGUGACCAAGCAUCAAUCAUUGGGGGUGCUAUUAACUUUGUGAAGGAGCUAGAGCAACAAGUGCAAUUCCUCGGUGCUCAAAAGCCAAACAAUAACAAUUCGGAUUUGCCUUUCUCAGACUUCUUUAGCUUUCCACAAUACUCAUCAUCAACAACUAGUACCAGUACUAGUACUGGUCAUCAGACUAGUCAUGAAAAUCGAUACGAUUCUGAUCAGAGGCCGUCGGUUGAGCACAAGUACGCGGCGGACAUGAAUGUGAGGGUUGCAGCAGACAUUGAGGUGACUAUGGUGGAGAGCCAUGCAAACCUCAAGGUCAGAUCCAAAAGGGUUCCGAAGCAGCUCUUGAAGUUUGUUUCUGGGUUGCACACACUGCGCCUGACCAUUCUUCACCUCAAUGUUGCCACUGUUGACGAAAUUGUCCUCUAUUCUCUAAGUGUCAAGGUAGAAGAGGACUGCGCGUUGACUUCAGUGGAUGAAAUUGCGACAGCUGUGUAUCAGAUGCUAGCUAGGAUUCAGGAAGAGGCUAUGUUGCAUUUGAAUUGAUCAUCAUCAAAAUCCCCUCCUUUUUAGUUAAAAUGAAUUCAUCCUUUAAUUUAAGCCUCAAACUUGUAGUCUUUGAAUGGAAUUUGUCAUAAUAAUUGUCUUCUGCUGGGGGCAUGCAUGAGCUCUUAUUGUACUAGAAGUACUCAGAUAUCUCCAACAUAUGAAGU